AUGCGACGGUUACUCUCCUAUCUUCUCUGCCUGCUGGCAUCAUGCAGCCUGCCAGUGGCCGCCAAUGCCGACGCCGCAGCCAACCUCGGGACCGACCACGCCGACCACGCCGACCACGCCGACUACUACGAGAACCUCGUCCUUCGACCACUGCCAUUGUCGGCCCUCCUUGCCAGCUUCAACUUCCGGUCCAACACGACCCUGUCCGCGUUCGAGGCAGGCAACUUUCGCUUCUUCCCACGCUCAAUCGGCCAGAUCCUGCAGUACGCCGGCACGCGCGAGCUGCACCUGCGCUUCAGCCUGGGCCGAUGGGACGCCGAGAGCUGGGGCGCGCGGCCGUGGGCGGGCACGCGGGAGGGCGGCACGGGCGUCGAGCUGUGGGCGUGGCUGGACGCGCAGACGGACGACGAGGCGGACGAAAAGUGGCUGACGCUGACCAACGCGCUGUCGGGGCUGUUCUGCGCGUCGCUCAACUUCAUCGACGGCACGCGCACGACGCGGCCGGUCAUGUCCUUUGAGCCCGAGGGCGACCACCCGGCCAACGCGUCCAUGCAGCUGCUGUACGGCACGCUGCCGCGCGAGGUGGUGUGCACGGAGAACCUGACGCCCUUCCUCAAGCUGCUGCCCUGCAAGGGCAAGGCGGGCAUCGCGUCGCUGCUCGACGGCCACAAGCUGUUUGACGCGUCGUGGCAGAGCAUGGCCAUUGACGUGCGGCCCAUUUGUCCCCACGGCGGCAACGACGGCGAGUGCGUGCUGCAGAUUGAGCAGUCCAUCGACAUGGUGCUCGACAUUGAGCGGUCCAAGCGGCCCCGCGACAACCCGAUCCCGCGCCCGCUGCCGGGCCACGAGCUCAAGUGCGACACCGCCAAGGCCUACCACGACGACGACCAUGUCUGCUUCCCGGCCAACUACAGCGCCCACCAGGACUGGAGCCUGACGCAGAUCUUUGGCAAGGCCAUGCGCGGCACCUGCACGCUGGCCGACCCGGCGACGCCGCCCGUGUGCCUCGAGGUGCCGGACGCGCGCUCGGUGUAUGUGUCCGAGGCCGUGCGCGAGGCCAAGAACGCCAACGGGCGCGCGCGGUGUUUCUUUUUCGGGCCGGACACGACCUUUGAGGUGAUGCUGCCCAACGAGGACACGCCGGCGGCGCAGGAGUCGGCCGUGCUGGCGCCCGAGACGCCGCUGCUGUAUGCGGAACGCAGCCUGACGGGCCACGGUGCCGAGCGCGGCGGCGUGCAGACGAUCCUGACGAACCCGAGCCCGGACACCGAGGUCGAGUUUGUCUACAUGGAGUCGCUGCUGUGGUUCAUGCGCAUCUACCUGCACACGCUGUCGGCGCGGCUCGUGGAUGCCGAGGGGUCGGGCGGGCAAGGGCGCGACGUCAUUCAAGACGUAUACUAUCGCCCCGCGCUCGACCGCGCCCGCGGCACGCAGCUCGAGGUCCGCAUGCGCAUCCCCCCGGGCGGCAUGGUGUUUCUGACGUACGACUUUGAAAAGUCCAUCCUGCGCUACACCGAGUACCCGCCCGACGCCAACCGCGGCUUUGACGUCGCGGCCGCCGUCAUCACCAUUCUGCACCCGCCGUCGUCGCGGGCCGCAUCUUUGCCUUUGCCGGCCUCGGACCGGACGGCCGCCGGGCGGUCCAACCUGCGCACGACGACGCUGCUGCUGUCGCUGCCGACGCCCGACUUUAGCAUGCCGUACAACGUCAUCAUCUUUACGUCGACGGCCAUUGCGCUGGCCUUUGGCGGCAUGUUCAACAUUAUCGUGCGGCGCUUCGUGGCGGCCGACGAGGGCCCGACCGUGAGCCUCAAGGCGGUGCUCGGGAAGCUGGUGGUGCGGGUGCUGGCGCUGGCCAACAAGACGCCCAAGACGGGUGACCAGCCGGUGCCAGAAACGGCCUCUGACGCGGCAGCCAGCGCGGCAGCCAGUGCAGGAGCCAAACGGUGA